CGUAUCUGCAGCCGGAAGCGGAAGUGACAGGCGAAAACAUUCCGCGCCAGUUUGUAGCAGAAACGCUGGUAGAGACUCGCGACUGGUCUUGCGGUGACGACAUGGAGCCUGAGUCCGAGCUGAGCCUCGACAUCAUGUCGAAGACCGACGUCCUGCGGGUCAUCGUGGCCGAGAAACUCACCACGGCCGCGCAGGAGAUCCUGGCCGUGGUGGAGAGGACCGUGGCAGGCUACGAGCAGGAGGCGUCGGUGUUCAGAGAGGAGAUCGACCGGCAGAGGAGGCAGCUGGAGCUACUGCUGCAGACCCCGAGCCCGGAGAUCAAAGCCGAGCCAGUGGAAGCCGAGCAGGUGUUUCCAGUGAGCGAGCCGCUCCACAGCGGAGGUGGACAUCGUCAGGAGGAGCUACAGCAACAAUACGGGCUAGUAAAUUGCGUCUCUGCAAAUAUAGAGGACGGGAGCACGUGUGUCCUCAUGGGCACCGGAGAACAUUACGAGGACGAGCGAGCGCUGGCGCCCCCUACAGACGACCAGGCUCCACUCACAGAGCUGGAUUACAGGAAUGCAUUAAUGUCAUCGACUCCCACAGUUCGGGCUAAGAAGCGCAGACGAUUUCUGAGCCGCCUCCCUAUCAAGAUCCGCCUACUGGAGGAUCCUGGGAUUGAGGUGAUCAACAGGGAAGUUUAUAAAAAGUACCCACAGAAGACCCUGAUGUGUCCUGCUCACCUGCAGGAGAAGGACUUUCUGGACACGCUUCGGUCCAUGUUCCCACAGCUGGUGGACGAUAAAUCGUUCGACUUAUUCAUGUGCACUCGAAAAAGGAACAUGUUUCCCGUGAGUGUGACGAGUCUGACACCGGUCGAGGUCUACAAGAAAAUCAAGGGCCGAUCGGCCCUCUUCAUCCGCCUGAGGAACCAAGCUGCUGCUGAUCUCCCAUCAGACCUCGAGCAAACCGAAGCACAGAGCCAUGUGGACCUUAAGAUCCAUAUCCUGAAAGACUCUUCGACCAAAUUGAUCGGAAAUUGCCCGUUUCACAAACUUCAGUGUCCUCGCCAUCUACAGGAGACGGACUUCCUGGACCUGCUGAGGUCGACCUUCCCUGCGCUGGCGGACAGUGAAACAUUAGAGCUUUUUACGUCCGACAAAACCAAGAAACUGUUUCCUCUGAACGUCACGACUCUGACGCCGGAGGAAAUCCACAAGGACAUGGUGGCCAAAGAGCGCCUAUACCUCUACGUUCUACCGAAGCCUCUUGAAGACCUCCAAAGCAGAGACAGAGAUCCUCCAUCAGAAGGUGAUUCAACGAUGCUGAAGAACAGGGAUCGGUCUGAACGGAACAGCAGAGGUCGUUCCAGACUAACGGCGACCUCUUUAGAGUUGAAGAUCUGGAUUCUGGAGGACUCAAACAUCAACCGUCUCUCAACCAAAUUGUUCCAAAAGUACAAGCAGCAGAAGCUGCAGUGUCCUGUCGGCCUGCAGGAGACGGAAUUCCUGGAUCUGCUGAGGUCCACCUUCCCUCAGCUGGCACCUGGAAGGUCCUUUGACUUCUUCCUGUCUGACAGAUCCAAGAAACUCUUUCCUCUGCAAGUCGAGACUCUUACACCAGAGGAGAUCCAGACGGCAGUCAAGUCCUUUGGAUCCGGUUACUCGGCUCUCUACAUCCGACUAAACGCUGUUGACGAAGUCCACACCAGAGAUAAAGAUCUUUUGUCCACCGCUGAUCAAACAAUGCCAACACCGAGAGUGGACGGUCCACAGAACACGAAGAGCCACAUGGUUCUCAACGUCCGCUUCCUGCAAGCGCAGAUCAACGUGGUCUCAGCUUUGGUGUUGAAGAGGAACCCGGUGCAGGAGCUGCGUUGUCCUCGUGGUCUUACGGAGAUAGACUUCCUGAAGCUGCUCAAGUCCACGUUCCCUCAGCUGGCCGUCGGUAAACCUUUUGACAUUUUAACAAGCGACCAGACCAGGAGACUCCAUCCUCUGAGGGUCAAGAUGAUGACACCGGAGGAGAUCCAGAAGAUCCUGGACUCCAGCCCCAGUUCCAACCUCUUCAUCCAGCUGAGGGGACCACACGAAGCCCCGACAAGCGUGGAAAAACAUCUUCUCCGGAAGGGAGAAGGUGGCGUUGCUGAAGAUUCUCCGUCCACGUCGGAUCAAACCGGACUGAGCAGCAGUCGCGUCCAAGCAGAGGGAAUCGUCCCGGGUGAAGAAGACGACAGAGAGACAUCCGGACUGCGGUGGACAGAGCCGCUGCUCGUCUCUGAGAGCGAGAAGGAAGACGGAGGAGGAGAAGAAGAGGAGCUAAACAACAAAGCAGACAGGGUGCCGGUCAGAAGCGCUGAUCAGAAUAGUGAACGCUCGAAGAAGACAACAGGGCGGUGGCGAGUCCCAUCAGCCGUCCAGAUGAAGAAGAAGAAGAAGAAGAAAAAGCAGGUCCGGACGAACGGUGUCGCCGCCGCCGCUCCUCUGUCCUGCUCCGUCUGCAGAGUUCCACGCGGCUCCAUGAGCUUGUUGAUCAAACACUGCUGGAAUCACGUGGAGGAUCCGGCGAGGCUCUGCGGCGUCUGUGGGGAGCACUCCGGGACGACGGAGGAGCUGAGAAGCCACCUUCAGGGUCACCUGAAGACGCACAACUGUGACAUCUGCGGGAAGUCCUUCCUGUCCACCACCGGCCUCAAGGGACACAUCGCACGGCACAAAGGCGAGCGGCCGUACCAGUGCACGGUCUGCCACAAGGCGUUUGCCGAGCCCUGGGUGCUGAACAAUCACAUGACGGUCCACUCGCCGGACAAACCGCACAAGUGCGACAUCUGCCAGAGGGCCUUCGCGUCCAAGAUGAAGCUCAAACUUCACCGGGCGACGCACACGGACGAGAGGCCGUUCCAGUGCAGCAUGUGCCCCAACUCAUACCGCAGCCUCGGGACUCUGUCGCAGCACAUGCUGCGACACCUGGGCCGCUCGGCGGCGAGGGAGCGCUCGCACGCCUGCCAAGUGUGCGAUAAAACGUUCAGUGCGGGCUGGAAGCUGCAGGCUCACAUGAGGAGCCACGAGUGGCAACCAGGCGUCGGGAAACGCGGCGGGAAGUUCUCGGCAAAGUCCAAGCUGCUGUCGGUCACGUGAAGAGCCACACCUGGGCCACUUUUAUAGACGUUUAGAAAACAUUGACAAGCUGCUGAUUCAGAAAGUGCUGCACGUGGUCACGGAAUUUCACUAAAAUGAAGUAUUGUUGUGUGAGGCACUGGCUGUGCUGUGAGCGCCCCCUGUGCUGAGAACCAGUCUGACCUACAGAGGCUAACUUUCACCUUUUUUU